AAUAGAACCUUGUACAACAUAGAAAUUUCCAAAUCUUCCCACCAAUCAUCAUAUAAGAUUUUUUUAACUGCAAUAAUAAUAAUUCCACAUCGCUUCUCUCUCUUCUUUCUCUUCUCUCCAUUGUUGACUGAGACUAAUCCACAUUUCCUUCAACUCUCUUCUCGGACUAAUAAUCAAAUAAAUACAAAACCCGUUACAGAUAAUAUUUUAUUUAAUUUUAAUACACCUGUUUUCUCAUACGUUAUUAUUCGUUUGCUGGCUUGAAGAUUCUCUUUCGGGGGUCAACACAAAUAAAUAAAUCACGUCGCCGCCGUGAUGGGUGCAAGAUCCGCCGCAGAGGGCAAUCCCAUAAUCCGAAACACCUUAUUAAUUGAUUGAUUUUAUGGGACUUACCUCAAGGGCACAGAGAUUUCGUGGGCCUUCUUCCUAUUUUCGAUCCAAGAAUCUGCUUCCCAGUAAUCUUGUUACCAUGAAGACAAAAACAAUAUUCGGAAUUUCUCUCUCUCUGGUAAUCAUAAACAUGGCUGCAAUAAUGGAGCGAGCGGACGAGAAUCUCCUCCCGGCAGUCUACAAAGAAGUCAGCGAAGCAUUCGCCGCAGGCCCCUCGGAUCUCGGAUACCUAACGUUCAUCCGCAACUUCGUACAGGGUCUCGCCUCGCCUCUAGCAGGGGUACUAGCCAUAAACUACGACCGACCAACCGUUCUCGCUAUCGGCAUUCUCUGCUGGGCCCUCUCCACAGCAGCCGUGGGCGCCAGCAAGUACUUCUUCCAGGUUGCCUUCUGGAGGGCCGUUAAUGGUUUCGGCCUGGCGAUAGUGAUUCCGGCGCUCCAGUCUUUUAUCGCCGAUAGCUACAAGGAUGGUGUGAGAGGUGCUGGGUUCGGAUUCUUAAACCUCAUCGGAACCGUCGGCGGCAUAGGUGGCGGUGCUAUUGCCACCGUUAUGGCCGGUGGUGAGUACUGGGGGGUGGCUGGGUGGCGGUGCUCGUUUGUCAUGAUGGGGGCUUUGAGCUGCUUGAUCGCGUUUCUCGUUUUUCAGUUUGUCGUUGAUCCGAGGCGGAUUAACGGUGGUUCGAAUGAUGCUAGCAAGAUGUCUGAAAGGGAGAAUUUGAUAGAGAAUAAAAGUUUAAGAUCUUCGACGGUGUGGUGGGAAUCGUGGGUAGCGAUGAAAACGGUGAUGAAAGUGCCGACUUUUCAGUUCAUUGUUUUACAGGGUCUAGUCGGAUCGAUCCCUUGGACCGCCAUGGUUUUCAUCACCUUGUGGUUCGAACUCAUCGGUUUCGACCACAACAGCUCCGCAACGCUAGUCGGCCUCUUUGCCGCGGGAUGCGCGCUAGGCUCUUUCCUCGGCGGAGUGAUAGCCGAUAGAAUAUCCCUAAAAUACCCUCACUCGGGGAGGAUAAUGUGCGCACAGUUCAGUUCAUUCAUGGGCAUCCCAUUCUGCAUAUUCCUCCUAAGUAUCAUACCCCAACAAGUCUCGAGUUAUUACACGUACGCCACCACGCUCUUCCUGAUGGGCCUCACCGUAAGCUGGUGCGCCACCGCCGCAAACGGGCCCAUGUUCGCUGAGGUGGUCCCGCCGAAGCACCGUACCAUGAUCUACGCAUUCGAUAGGGCGUUUGAAGUGUCCUUUUCGUCUUUCGCCGCUCCGAUUGUGGGGAUACUUGCGGAGAAGGUUUACGGGUACGACCCGAAGACCGUGGACCCCGUUUCGGGGUCCGCGAAGGAGGCGAUGGCUCUGUCGAGGGGGCUUUUGGCGAUGAUGGUGGUCCCCACGGGUUUGUGCUGCCUUUUUUAUAGCCCUUUGUAUUGGACUUUUAAGCAGGAUAAGGAGAAUGCUAGGAUUGCAGCUGUCAAGGAAACUGAGAUGCUGUGAUUUUUUUCUUUUUAUUUUUAUUUUAAUUUAUUUUUGGGGAAUUUUAUUUUCAUCUUCUGAUGAAUUUUGUGACAGUAGAUAGGAAUUCUUGUUUAUGAUACAUUUCGUAUCAAAUUUGAGAAUCUUGGAUUUGAUGGUAGUACCACAAUCUUGAAAUUUUCUUUCAGAUGCAAACA